AUGCCAAAGGUGGAAGGAACAGAAAAGAAAGUCCAAGACGUUAAACCUAAGAAAGUUAGUAGAAAAGGAGUUCAAUUUUCAUUUGUAAUACCAAAUACAACACAUAAAAUGUAUGCUAUUAUUUUUGUUGUAUUAGCAGCAAUUUCAAUUGUAUUAAUUCCAAUUAUUUCAAACACAAACAACCCUGUAGAGAAUCUUAGUAAAUCUCUUACUCCGUUUGAAAGAAAUUUAAGAGGACUUUCUGAAAAGUAUUGCGUUAAUACUAUUAAAAAGAAUCUUAAUAUGGAAGUCAAUAAUAAUGUAAAAGAAGAAGAUUAUGAUGCUGAUAUUAUUAAUAAUGGUAUUCAAGAUAUGUAUUAUCUUAAUCAACUUGGAAAAAGUAUAUCAAAAGAAGAUGUUAUGAAAUUAUAUGAUGGAUAUGGGUUUUUAGAAGAUAAUGAAAAAGUUGUUGAAGUAUUAGAACCUGAGGUUGAUGAAUUUGGAUAUGAUGAUAGUUCUAAUGAUGAAGAAAAAGAAGUUGUUGAAAAGAAAAAACCACAAAGUGUUUUGGCUACUUAUUAUGCACAUGAAAUUUUAAAGGCUAAUAAAGAAUUUGAAAAUUAUAAGCAAACUGAACAAUAUUUGAAUACAAUUAAAUUUGUAUUAACUAUGCAAAAGAAUGAAACUGGAAUUAUUUUUGAUAAUAAAGGAGGAUAUAGUGAUAUGAAAGUUCUUUAUGCUGCUACAAGUCUUCUUGAAGAUGCUAAAAAUGUUGAACAAUAUAAAGAAGCAGUUAAUAAUGCAAUUAAUAAAUUAAAAGAAUUUUUAAAUAAACUUAAAUUUGUUGAUGGAACAUUUGAUGAAUCAUUACAACAAACAAAUUCAUCAUGUAUUGGUACUGAAUAUGCAUAUCUCAUUAUGAAAAAACUUGAUAUGCCAAUUCAAAAGAAUACUAUGAGAUAUAUCAUGAAAUGUAAUAGUGUUUAUGGACCAUUACCUACUCUUGAUAGUGAAUAUAUAAGUAUUGAAAGUGGAUUAUUAAUUUCAGAAAUUUUAAAAACUCUUCCUCAUGAAAUUCAAAUAGAAAAUGUUGAAAUAGUUGGUUAUUGUAAAGGUGCUGCAAUUAUUUUCAUUGGACUUGCUAUUUCUUCAUUAUUUAUUGAUACAUUCCCAAUUUCUUAUAUUCAAGAAUAUUUCAUUUCAGUUAUAAUGUUCAUUGUUUGUGGUAUUCUUUCUAUUUCAUUUAUGGAUCUUACCUUCCUUCCAUUCUUAGUAUUCCCAAUUGUUAUUAUGGGAUAUACUCAUUAUGCUAAAUGGAUUGGUCCAUUUAUUAAAGACGAAUAUUUCUCAACUAUUUCAAUGAUUCCAGCUCUUUUUGGACUUGCUUUUUAUAUUUUAAUCCAAAAAAUCUCUCUUUCAUUCUUCGUUUCAAUGGACUUUGUUCCAAUUAUGUGGAUCUUCUAUAUUGUUGGUAGUUAUUUUGCAGUACCACUUUGUAAUAAUUUCUUUAGUAAACAAAAACAUGGAAUCAAUUAUUAUGCUGCUGCAAAUGGAAUUGGUUUUUCUAUGAUGGUUGUUUGUAUGUUUGUCACUCUUUCUUUAAGUAAAAUUAGAGUAUAUUUAUUAAAUUCUAUUAAUAUCUCCGGAUAUAAUUUCGUUUUGUUUGUUGCUUAUCCUGCUGUUGGAUAUAUUCUUUCAAUGAUUGCUUGUGGAUUCUCUAUUCCAAAAGUUUCACUUGCUUCUCUUGCAAAAGAAAAGAAAAAGGAUUAA